AUGGGUGGCCUUACGUUUGCGAUCAAGCUCAAGCAGCAGCUACCUCACGCCCAGUUUACGGGCGCAGCAUCGGAUGUCGGCAUUCAUUUCUACUCGCUCUCCACUGAUCUGAAGCCGGAUUGGAACUACACCCACGCAGGCCAGGCCGAGAUCCAGGAGUACUGGAUCAGUCUGGCGCGAAAGUACGAACUGUACCCCCAUAUUGUUUUCAACACGCGUGUCGUUGGUGCUCGGUGGGAUGCCGCAGAACAGCGCUAUCAAAUCGAGGGAGAGAACGUGGUCACCCAAGCGAAAAUCUCAACGCAUGCCGAAAUUCUUAUCUCUGCACAAGGGAUUCUCGAGACCCCUAACAUACCGCAGAUCCAAGGGCUGUCGAAGUUCAAGGGAGACCUCUUCCAUUCGGCGCGUUGGAGGGAAGACAUCCCUCUGGAGGGCAAGAGAGUCGGCGUUAUCGGGAACGGGGCCUCUGCCACGCAGUUUAUCCCACACAUCGCUGAGCAGCCGCGCGUUGAAGUCACCCAGUUUUGUCGCACUGCCAAGUGGAUCAUACCUCCGGUUCGCGAGCCAUAUUCCCCUCUAUGGAAGUGGUGCUUCACCCAUAUGCCACUGCUGCUGCCGCUGUACAGACUGAUGUGGUUCAUGAAAUAUGGUGGUUUGUACAUGACUUUCUCCAAUUCCCUAGUUCAUUGGCUCGUUACAAAGUGGAGUACACAUUACAUGCUAUCCACGGCUCCUAAACAAUACCACAGGCAUAUCAUUCCUAAAUACCCUUUGGGCUGUAAGCGUAUCCUCUUCAAUAACUUCGGGUAUUUGGAGUCUCUGCACAAGCCGAACGUUCAACUGAUCUACGACGGACUGACUGAGAUCGUGGAAGAUGGCGUGUUGAUGGAAGGCGGCGAUAAGAUCCCUUUAGACGUCAUCAUUCUGGCCACUGGCUUCGUUGCUGAUCAGUAUGCUAUUAACAUUUGCGGCGUCAACGGACAGACUGUUCAAGAGUAUUACGACCAACACGGAGCUCCCAGAGCAUACAUCGGGACGACAUUACCUGGCUUCCCGAACUUCUACAUGCUUGCUGGGCCGAACACAACUACGGGCCAUACAUCGGUGCUUUACGCAGAGGAAUUGCAGGUCAAUUAUUGCCUCGCGUUGAUUGCUCCUGUCCUUUCCGGCAACGCCACCUCGUUCGAGGUCACUCCAGACGCCACGAAUGCCUACAACGAGAAGAUCCAAGCACGGCUGUCUCGGUCGGUGUUCCUCCACUGCAAUUCUUGGUACCGCAAAGGCGGCGACGGGAUCAUCAGCAGCAUCUUCCCGGGUUCGCAGACCCGGCAGUGGUGGUGGCUCCGGGCGCCUGUAUGGAAACAUUACAGAGUCACGAUCGCCGCGAAGUCUCGAGGCCGCGAGGUUAUGCGAGGAGAUGUUUGGAGGCACGGGCAGCGGCGUGGUGCGACAGCCAGUGUCGUGUUCGGUGCUCUUGCGCUGGGAUUGGCCCUUGCUGGGGUCUACUUCACCGGACGCAUGUAG